AUGGAAACAAUCAUCGUUAAGGUACCCUAUGGGGCGCGUCCGGGUCAGCUGCUUCAGAUGACAAGUCCGACUGGGCAGAAAAUCCAAUGCCCAGUGCCAGCGGGGGUUCCCCCAGGAAGCACUUUCCACGUGAAAUACAAGCUUGGGCCGAAGGGCCCCACGAUUAUCGACGAACGAUCCAAAGGCAAAGCUGCAACUCGGCGAUGUGAUGGCUACCUCUUGAAUGUCAAAGUUCCUGACAAUAACGCUUUCGACCAGAUGAUCUAUGUCGACCGGCAGAAGCACGCCAAGUUCAACGAACUUCUAGAGAACACAUAUCGUGCCAAGGCGACGCAAGACAGGAAGUGCCCGAGAGGCACUUGCCCCAAAACCCCAGGAGGAUGCCCUUGUGUACAGCCUGGGGCAAGCCCUGGCUUGCCAACCGGCUUCAAGGUGCGGCGGGUUGUGCGCGUAGAAGACUCAGAAAUGUGGGGCCGCUACGUGGACCAACGCAACGCCAUUGCCCAGCGGCGAGCAGCAGAGAUGCCAAUACAGCAGCUGGAUCCGCCGGCUGUGUCGAACGAAGUGGUUUCUCAAGAAGUAGCUGACGAUAUCGCGGGCGGUAACACUAGGAUUUUCGAGCCGCUGGACCUGGAGUUGAAUGAAAUGUACCUCUGGCAUGGCACGAACGUGCGCUCGGCUCUUUCGAUUGCACAGAGUGAUUUUCGCAUCGACCUGGCCGGCAGCUCCACAGGAACCAUGUACGGCCUUGGCGCUUACUUCGCGGAGCACUGCACAAAAGCAGAUGAGUACGCAACUGAUGAGCCAGGUGGCUAUUACGAAGGGGUUUUUGCACUUCUACUUUGCCGUGUGUGCUUAGGAAAGUUUUACUACACGACGGUCCGGGACACAGAAGCUGGAUCACAUGUGCGGAGCGGUGGCUACGACAGUACUGUCGGGGAUCGACUGACGAAGGCAGACACUUUCCGGGAGUUUGUGCUGUACAACGCCGACGCCAUCUAUCCCGAGUAUGUUGUCCUCUACACACGAGUUCAUCAUGCUGACCCUCCCGACCAAGUGGCAAGGCUGACCGCAGACUUGUAUCAUUUGCAGCUGCCCGUCUACUGGGCGAAUUGUGAUAAAGAUCCGUUGCGGCAGCCGUUUCACGAGCCCCGGCUGCCGUUGUUGCCUUGCUUCAAGAGAGAUUUGGCUGCAAAGUUUGAUCAUUGGCAAUGGUGUUUGCAGAGGGUGGAUGGCCAGGGCUUCUUCUUUCUGUGGCAACGCAUAGGUGUUCAAGGUGCUCAAUCGCCACCAGAGCUUAAGGAAGAUGCUGCAGAAAAUCCAGGCAGCGCUGGGGACUUAGCUGUCCCCGAACCACCUUCAACAUCUCAAGAGAGGAAGAGAGACAAACCCGACUUCAAGUUCCUCACAGCCCGUGACCUCGACGAUGCACACGGUGAGAUCCUGACGUUCAGCUUCCUCAGCGCGAGGGACUCCACCGAAGAGUGCGUGUCCAUCACUAACUUGGAAGAGCCCUUGAACGAGAACCUUCUGUGGCAUGGCACAUCGAAAGAAGCGGCUGAGAAGAUUGCCGAGAGCGACUUCAAGAUACCCGUUGGGAAGGACAUGAAGCAUGCUGCUCGUUUUGGAAACGGAGCCUAUUUGGCGGAGGACUUGGAAAAGUCGCUCUCCUACACAGAGCCAACGAACGACGGCACCCGCAUUGUUCUUCUAUGCAGGACUCUGUGUGGCGAUUUCUACUACACUGAGCGGCAUCAGGAAAUCAAUGCAUCCCAGCUUCGUGAUGCUGAAGGCAAGCAUUCAGUCCUCGCAAAUCCGGAGCGGAAAGGUCCGCGAGAGUUCAUUGUGCCGACCGCAGACCAGGUGUACCCUGAGUUUAUUCUGGAGCUCAGUGUGAAGGAUUGGGAGCCGCCUCCUCCUGUACUACUGCAGAAGACCAAGCUACAGGUCCAGGUUCCCCCAGGUGUGGGGCCUGGCAGCUUGAUCGCAGUCCAGGCUCCCGAUGGCCGCCAAGUCCAGGUCGUAUUGCCGGCUGGCGCCGUGCCUGGUGCUACGCCACUUCGUGCUGCAGCCAUUUGCAAUGCCUUUUUGCAAGUGUUCCGAAGAUUUUUCCAGAUCGCUUACGCGGCCCAAGCCCAGGCUCGAGCUCGAGGUCUGAACGUCUGCCAAGCUACUCCUGCCAGCCCUUGCCCCCGUGCACUGCACCUUGGGCUUGAUCUCCGUUCUGAUAUCUCCGUUUCGUGGCGAUAUUUCGGGUGUAGAGCCGAGUUCUCCAGGGCUUGUCAAAUUAUUCCGAAGAUUGUUUCUUUCGGGCGCUCUGUCCAACUAUCACUCGAAGUGGCUCAAGUCGUGGAAGUUAUCUUGCGUUUGGCAUGA